CCGGAGCGAGGCAGCGGCGCCCGGCCGGCCCUGCGCGGAGUUGGUGCCGCCGGGCCGCACCCGACUCGCGCCCGGACACUCGGCGGCCGACCCGGCAGGCUCCUGCCCCCCCUCUGGCCACCCCUUGGAGCCUGCCCAGCCCAGCUUGACCAAUGUCCACAACCAGGGAGCAGCCCAUCUUCAGCACACGAGCUCACGUAUUCCAGAUUGACCCAGCCACCAAGCGGAACUGGAUCCCCGCGGGCAAGCACGCCCUCACCGUCUCCUACUUCUACGAUGCCACCCGCAAUGUCUACCGCAUCAUCAGCAUCGGGGGUGCCAAGGCCAUCAUCAACAGCACUGUCACCCCCAACAUGACCUUCACGAAAACUUCCCAGAAGUUCGGGCAAUGGGCAGACAGUCGUGCCAAUACAGUCUACGGCCUUGGCUUUGCAUCUGAACAGCAUCUGACCCAGUUUGCCGAGAAGUUCCAGGAAGUGAAGGAAGCAGCAAGGCUUGCCCGGGAGAAGUCUCAGGAUGGGGGGGAGCUCACCAGCCCAGCCCUGGGGCUUGCCUCCCACCAGAUGCCCCCGAACUCCCUCGUCAGCGCCAACGGCCCCCCCAGCGACGAAAAGCUGUUCCGCAGCCAGAGCGCGGACGCCCCUGGCCCCGCAGAGCGAGAGCGGCUCAAGAAGAUGCUGUCUGAGGGCUCGGUGGGCGAGGUGCAGUGGGAGGCCGAAUUCUUCGCGCUGCAGGACAGCAACAAUAAGCUGGCAGGGGCCCUGCGAGAGGCGAACGCGGCGGCCGCGCAGUGGAGGCAGCAGCUGGAGGCCCAGCGCGUGGAGGCGGAGAGGCUGCGGCAGCGGGUGGCUGAGCUGGAGGCCCAGGCAGCUGCAGAGCAGCCCACCGUGGGCGAGAAGGAGCCCGGGCAGUCACUGGAGCAGCUGGAGGCGUUAGUGCAAACCAAGGAUCAGGAGAUCCAGACACUGAAGAGCCAGACUGGGGGGCCCCGGGAGACCCCCGACGCUGCUGAGCGAGAGGAGACGCAGCAGAAAGUGCAGGACCUGGAGACGCGGAAUGCAGAGCUGGAGCGUCAGCUGCGGGUGUCGGAGCACAGCCUGGAGGAGGCGCGGGCGGAGCGAGAGCGGGCACGGGCUGAGGUGGUGCGGGCCACACAGCUGCUGGACGUCAAACUGUUUGAGCUGAGCGAGCUGCGUGAGGGCCUGGCCCGCCUGGCCGAGGGCACGCCCUGAGCCGGCUGCUGGAGGGCCAGUGGAGCUGGCUCUGUAUGGGACGAUUUCUGGGGUGUGGUCCAGGCUACAGGCAGCAGAGUCGGGGCCCGAUUGCUUUGGCAGGAACUGGGGGGCCCAGCUUGGCCCUGGUCUCUCCCAGCUCGGGGUUUUUUGAGCUUUUCACUGUGUAGAGUUUCUAGAAUCCUGGGGUGCAUACUGGCACCCAGAUUACAUUUCCAAGCGUGGCUGCGUGUGUAGUGUGUGGGAACCUAACCAGUCGCCGCCCCCUCCACACCUCCCCGUGGUAUAUUUUGUAACCGUGUGUCAUGCAGUGCCUCAGCCAGUCAGGAGAGGAGAGCAAGGCUCAAGGACCUCCAUGGCCAGGGCACCGCAGUCCCAUCCCCUUCAGCUCAGCCCUUGUCUGUUCCGAGCCAGUUUGGCCUUGAUUGCUAUCUCUGCCAAGUCCAGGCUGAGGGAAUGGCUUUCUCAGCGUAGAUGUAGUCUUCCUGCCUGGAGAAUAGGCUGGUACUCACAGGACACGCCACAACCCCAGAUAUCAGGUUGGCAGCCACGGAAGCUGCUAGAACACAGCCAUGUCCAUUGGGCAACAGCUGGUUUUCCUCAGGAGGACCUCCCUGAAACCUCACAGUGGUGUUGGGAGGGUGGCACUGUUGUUAGGACCAUUUUCUGGAUAAUAAAACAGGCCCAGAGAGGGGCCAUCACUGGCCUGAGGCCUGGCAGCAAAAACGGCUA